ACUGCACUGGAGAGAGGGAGGGAGAGAGAGAGACACAGAGAGAGAUAGAGGGGGAAGGAGAGAGAGUGUGUGUGAUCGAGUAAGCGCAGGAGGGAGAGAGAAAAGGAGAGAGCGCAGGAGAGCAAGAAAAAAAAAGCUAGAGCCGAGAGGAAGAGAGUCGCAGGAGGAAGAGGGAGAAUGCACGGCGUCUGGGUAACACUUCCACGCUUGUAUCCAGGGCCUUUGUGAAUACACCAUGGGAUGCAUCGGCUCCAGGAGACUGAGUAAGCACCGCUUCUCUCCUCUCUCUCGUUGCAGGCUGAUGGGGGGUUAUGCGAAGGAGGAGAGGUAGGGGGGAUGAGGAGGAGGAUGGGGGUCUUGCCAUGCCGGGAGCAAGGGUUUUUGUGAGGAGACUCCGGACAGGCUUUCUGUUAGGUGUGCAUAUGUGUGAUUUUUUUUUUGUGUCUCUCUUUCAGUGCAGCAUGCAGGCAGGCUUUAGACGUGUUCAUAUAGAGGCUGCACACACAGCAUACAGGCAAUAUGUCAGAGACAAUAUGUGUUAAAAUGUGCUACUGUGUGUGUGUGUGUGUGGUUGCAUCCCCCACCUCCCAACCCCCCCCCCCCCCUACCCUCCACCCAGCCCUUGAUUUAUGAUGCUGUUUGGCAGUAUGUAUAUGUGUGUGAGUAGGAGGCAGAGAGAGAGAGAGAGGGAGCGGACCGAGAGAGGCAGAGAGGGGAAGCUGGGAUAGGGCUGAUUUACAGGGCGGUGUGGCUUGGAGAAAGAAGAGAAAAAAACACGGGAUAAUGCCAUUGUCAGGGGCGUUUGCACAGUUUGUUGUUAUUUGCAGGAAUAAUAGGGAUAGAGAGGGAUAAGGAGAGAAAGAAUUUCAUUGCAGGCAGGGAGGGAGGAGGGGAGAUGAAGGGAUGGCGAUGGAGAGAGGGGGAGAGGGAGGGGCAUAUACGUGCAGGCGAGUGUGUGUGGGAUUUAUGGGAGUUUUCAGGUGAGGACCCUUUGAAUGACGGUUUGAGUAAAUCAACAACAGCACUGCUGCCAGCGGAGCAAAACUGGGCAGGGAUUGUUUAAAAAUGUAUUUAUGUUGAACAAUCAGUUGUUUCCACGCAAAUAGUCUGGCAUGUUGCCGUCAGUAUUCAGGUCCUGCAGCUUAUGUGGCAUGACUCACACUCAAAGGUAAAAAUAAACACAACUUUGCACUGGUGUUAAAUAUUAAUGAACCACUUAGCACAUGAAGCUCUUAAACAUACUUAUGGUAAAGCAUCAGUCUGAACACAGCAUCACCCCUGAAAGUGUAUAACCUCUGCAGGGGUCACGACUGUUUAAACCGAGUUCCAGACAGGAUCUCCUGUGGACACGUGCUCGUUUUUUUAUCCUUUUUUUCCAACUCCAUUUAAAUUCUUUAUGAAGAUGACUUUAAAAAUAUAUACAGACUGUGCGAUUGCAGCAGACAGAGCUCUACAUGACACAGUUAGGAAGGCAGGUGUGAGUGGAAUACAUGAGAGACAGUUUCAUAGCUCCAACAGUCUAGCUCGCAGCAUUCGACACAUUGCAGAGCAGGAGGGGAAGUUGGGAUGCUGUGUCAACGCUCAAGUCAAGACGGGAGACUGAACACAUGCCACGUGACUCAAGCUGCUGAGGAUACUGUUAAUAAAGAGGACUAAACGUUUAAAAAAAGGUGUCAUAUUAAUCUGAUUUGGAGCCAAAUUCUAUGUCCAUUUUUAUAUUAGCAAUCAAAGAGGCUUAAGGAUUCAAUAAGGCUACACGAGGAAGAGCAGUUCCAUUUUCAGAUCAGGGAUAAGUAAUAAAAAAAGAUGAACUAGUCGGUUCAAUGUUAUGAAGAUUUGACAUCCCCUUAAUGAAAUAUUUAUCUCCAGUUUGUGAAUCUUGCCCCAGACUGUGAGCGCUGUAAUUCAGCACGUAUGUAGAAAUGAACAGUAGUUGAGAAGAGGGCGACCAGAUGUUUUAAAGCAGCUUGUGCGUCUGAGUCUCUAAGUACCAGAGUCGGCAGUGGUGCUGCUGGUGUAGAGGCGUGGUUGUGUUUAUCCUGGGUGAGAACGGCUUUAGUGUGUGCUAUUGAUCGGCCUACUUGUCUGCAGUCCACGCUGCCAAGCCGGGAUCAUCUGGAGGAGCAGCAAGACCGGAUCUCUCUCUGUAUGGGAGUAGCCCUGAUGUAUCUGUCUGCUCUGCUGGUAACACUAUCUCUUUCUCGGCUCCAUCAUAUCUGGGUGUGUACUCCCUGGUCAGGCUUGGAUAUCUGUUUGUACACAUGCACUGCUGGAGUAAUUUAUGUGGCCCUGACAAAACAAAUGUCUCUGUUUCAAUGUGACUGGGUCCAGCAGGUGAACCGAAUAUGUGCUACUACUUGUCCUGCAGGAAUCUGACUUUCACUUUGUUUUGACACCAAGAAUUUUUAAUACAGCAUCAUUUUUGUAGUAGAAAAGUAAUCGUAGUAUGUAAUAUGAGUAUCCUGAGGUGAAAAUUAUUUAUUGUUUAUCAUUUUUUGCAGUAGUACGUUAAAAUAUAUUGAAAGCCUGAGGCUUAAAAAAACAAGAGCCAAAAAUAGCAGCAUGUUGGAAGUGGUAACACUCAUAAAUACAGACAGAAAUAACACUUGAACCGUAGUGUGGCUCUAAGUUUCCUUUUUUCUCACAAGCAGGGGCUAAUGAUGCAGGUGUGUAAGUUGUUAGCUCUUAAGUCUGACCCAGUUGGAAAAAGAGGGCUGACUUAAAUACCAGGGUUGGCAUUUGUUUACAGGGAGCUCUGUUUCAGUAUUGAAAGUUGUUUCACGCUGGUAUGAAGAGUAGUCUACACGGCAAAAUUCCUGGUACAGUGUCACAAACAUUUGUGGUUAUUUAAAGGAACUAAAAGACUAAGAAAGCUUCUGCCUCCAACCCUUUUAACAUCUGCUUUAGCCCAGCUGCCCUAACACUAUAAGUAGGUCAGGUGAAGACAGACAGACAGACAGACAGACAGACAGACAGACAGUGAUGUACAGUUGAUGAGAUGUCUGCAUCCAUCACCGCUUCAGUGAGCAAAGGCCUUGAGAAGCAGUCACUGGGAGGAGCACAUUCAUCUUCACCUCAUCAGUGAGCGCAGCAAAGAGAAUUACUGCAAAAUAACUACAAACUGUAUUUCUCGCCCAUGACUCAGCUUGUGUGUGGAGUUCACAGCUUAUGCAUGCCUCAUUGAGAGCAAAUACAUACAGCUGUCCAAUAAAGCACCAGUAAUUCUGUAACAUCAUGAUUUUGAUCACAUCUCCAGAUGUAGAGUUGAUAAUGCUAUUAUGCCUCAUUGUGCUAAAAGCUUUACAUCAGAGGCAGUUUCCUGUAUCUAGUUACCCGACUGCACUAAACCUGUGAGUGCUGGGAACAGUAAUCACUGUUUAAUUAGGGCUCAGUGUGCUGUGUGGAGAUAACAGAUAUGGAUCAGGCAGCAGUGGUGAAAAUAUAGAUAUGAAUAUGGGACAUUAUGACGACUCUCACCUGUUUGGGCUGCCUGUAAGCGCAUGCUCUUUUUACUCUGUGUAAAAGGGUUCUGCUAAGGAGUCACUGCUGACACACCACUCACUGAUUCAAAAGGCACUGAUUUCCCAUUCCAUGUACUUGUGUACGUGUUUCUUUUUUCUUAUAGCAUGUGUGUCUGCACACAGAUUUUUCUGGUCCUGAUUGAGAUGUGUCUGUAGCCCGAGUAUCAAAAGUGUGGCGCUCUGAAAGCUGGCGUCAAAUGUUAGGUCCUAUUCAUAAUCUUGUUUGCUUGUUUUUUGAUCAGACUGUCUCUGAUGUGAAUCAAAGGUUUGCCAAAUUUAGGCUGUUAAAAGUAAGUAAAGCGUUUCGACUGCAGCUCAUUAUUAAUCGCAUUUAAUCACUGAAAACUGUGACCUAUUUUGGAGUUUUUCUGUAAUUCUUCAAUGAUGUUGUUCUAUAAGACUUUUUAUUUUUGAUUUAUAGCCCAUAUUUGACAGUGAAGCUGUGUUAUGUAGUUCAUAAUAGCUCUGUAUCAUGCUCCACCAGGUGGGCUACCUUUUUUCCCACAGUAUUCAAAUGUACUCAGAAGUGAUUUUUGAAAAGAGAGAUGUGCAUGAAGAGGCCAAGGGCACAGCAGAAUACAUGAUGAAUAAAAUGGACUGAUUUUGUCAGUCCUUUCCCCAGCUUGUGUGUCUCCAUUGUAGUAUCUCUGUAGUAUAUUGAUGUGUAUGUUUGUGUUCAUGCAUUGGCUCAUGAAUGACCUCGUGACUACAUGACCUCUUGAUUUAUGAGAUGAUUGGCCCCCGUAUGACCUCUCACUGCAUUGCCCCAUCAAACGGUUUUCAUUGCAUUACAAAGUAAAAUAAAAAAACCCUCUUGACUCUUCCCUUACAUUCAGACAUACUGUCCAGUAUUUGCCAGUUCCCUGCCUACUUGUAAAUUAGGAGAUCUGGCAGACAGUGAUGGAGGACGAUGGACUGGCUUCUGUCCAGGCUGGAAAAGCCUUGUGCACAUGAAAGCAUUCAAGGUGAAUGACUCAGUGAUGUAGUACCUCAGAGACACGGUGGGACCUGAUGACCCUUACCUGUGUGAGUGUGUGUCACUGUUUGUGCUCAUACCUCCAAGGUCUUCAGUGUAGCAUACAUGGCAUUGGAUUUUUCCUGACAGAUUUAUGUGUGUCUCUGGCUGUGUGUCAUAUCUCCUCCGUGUUAGCACGGUUUGCCUUGUCACAGGAUGCCAUGUUACAAGGCUGGAUCUUUAUCGGAGGGAGGAAUUGAUUAAAGUGUUCAUGAGUGUGUGUAUGUGCCCUUGUGCAUAUCAUUGUCACUAUGAGCAUGUAUGUGGCAGAUCGCAAGUACGAGGCCUGUGUGUGGGCACAUGGUGGCGGGUGUUUCUGUAAACAGUGUGACUCAGCCACAAAGUGUGUUAUAAAAUUGAAACAUAAUGCUGUGAAAGAGAGAGAAUGUCGGUCCUACAAUUUGAUCUGGGUGUGCAUGUGAGUAGGUAUGAGAGAGAGAAAGAGAGUGAGUGUGAAUUUAUGGAUGUGCUCAGCAUCACUGCCCGAGCAGCGUUGAUUAUCUCUGUGUUAUCUGCAGCUACUAACCGCUUCAAUGCUGAUAAAGAAAAAGGGCCUUGUUUGCACUCAUCGCCUUUGAAUAACAAGCGACUGAAAAUGAGGAUUUCUUGCACACAAUAUUUGAACCCUUAACUGGUAGUUCCUCACCAUCUGUGCAGUUUUUUCCUCUCGUCUGUGGAAUCAGAAGACACUACCAGGGCUCUUUGUUCACUAUAUAUUCAUCAGGCCAUUAGGGUGUUUACAGCAGUAACAAUGUUUAUGAUGCUAGACUACAGCUUCCUCUGCAAAAUGACUGCAUGCUGUAGAUUCCUAGUUACCUCAGCGGGUGCAUCAAAGGCUGCUGUAACCUCUUUGGCCUGCAUCAGUGAUGAGACCUGCACAGGAUGGCAGCUACAUUCAUGCCUAAACAGAUUAAUGAGGCGUGUCAGGCCUGCAAAUGACAGGGGCAUGCAGCAUGGGAGUCCCAUCUCACCAAGUUAACGGCAGUAACUCAUGCUGAGUUCAAGCGUGUGUUUGGAGCGUGUAUGCGUGUGUGUGGAUGAUAUCCUGGGACACACUUAACUCUGUUUCCCCUCCACCAAGCUCUCACGACCAUCUGGGCUCUGGUCCUCAGCUGCGUUCUUGCUGAACUCUAAAGCUCGGUAACCCAGCAUCUGCACAUGUCGCUGCAAGACGUCUGACAUUCAAGCCGGUGCCCCACCGUGGCAACCAGCCUUACUGCAGCUGUCAUGGUGAACAAGCACCCAGCACCCUGUUUCUUAUUGCUGCAGGGUGCUGGCAGUACAAAUGACAGAUGACGCUCAAAUGCUCCCUACUUCAGCUGAUGUCGUCAAGCAGCUCCAGUCAGAGCCGGAGUUGACAGUGCAGCCGCUGCAGAUCUUUGGUUGUUCGUUACGCACGGCCGCGCUGCUCCCUCUAUUUUUUUCUCCUCUGUAUCCCCACCCUCCUUCUCUCUCUCCAUCACUCCUUCUUGCUCCUUCUCCUCGGCUGAGCUAAGCCUGGCUCCCCCAUGACCGCAGGGGGGUAUCCAGAGCUGCAUCGCUGUAUGCAGUGUGUGUGCGGGGGAGGUGGGAGAGUGCCAGGGGAAGAAAAGCUGGCUCAGAGCUCCGGUCAUGUGCUCUGUUGUUGUUGCUGUUUCCUCAAGGAGGUAUCCUGCCUGCCUCUUCAGGAGCAGAAUUACGCAUUCGCUUACUGUGCUGCUGAGGGGCCAAGAAAUCACCUUCAUGGGUUUAGCGAUACAGAGUGAGCUAUGGCUGAGAAAGCACUGAGAUUCCAGAUGCUGACCACUGACCCAUCAUCAGUAAAGAUAAUCCAAGAAGCACAAUUGACUCUGAAUGACCUUAGUAUGAUGUAGACAUCUAACUCUCAUGGCUCACUUCACAAAUAGUGCAUACUGUACUUUGAUCAAAUCUAACAUGAUGCCAACAUACAUUAGAUGAUAUACAUUCUGCUGCAAAAAGUACAUACUCUUUAUUAAGUUUGUCUGCUCCAUUGCUGUAAAAAGGCUGCAGGGUGUCCCAGCGGUAGUUUGCUCUGCUGCAGUCCAGAGAACUCUUGAGCCAUAUUGUGAUUCAUGUGGGGAGAGAGUGACUGCUAAUCUACUAAUUGGCCAAACAAGCUGAGGGAUGCAGAAAAAGGGAGACUGAGAAAGCUACAGAGCAGUGAGAAAUACAAGAGUAGAGGGAGUGACACCGAGUGUGUCCCUGUGCUUCAAGUAGCGUGUUGCUUUAGGCCUGAGUAUGUAUAUGUGUUUGUAUAGAGUUUGUGUUUGCAGGGAAGAUUUUUAACCCAGAUGAGGAAGAUAUCUGGGACACUCUCUCCCGCCCGGGCAGAAAAUGAGACAUCUCUCUGUCUUUCUGUUAUCAGCCAAUAAGUAACCAUCUCACACAGCAGUGCCAAAAAUCAAACACGCCUGAAUAAUCCCUCUGAGGUCACGACGAGUUCGUUUCUCUGAAAGUAACACUUGAAUUAAUUGUGGCCACCCCCUCUGGAAAGGGCAAGUCCUGAUGCAAAGAAGCCGCUCAAUACAUGGCUUACCUCUCCAGGAAUCCCUUGAUCACACUGUUUAUUUUAGUCUAUUAUCUAGAGGAAUAUUCACAGCGAAGCUGGGUGUACUGAAAAAACAACUGUCGGUGCGCCUGACUACAGCUCAGUCGGACUGUACAAUUAGUCACUGGUAAUGUAAGAUGCUUAUGUAGAGAUAUUCUUCUUCAACGUGUGUUUUCAUGUUUCACCAGUGAAGAUAAAGAAAAUGUGGGACAUUGUAUUUUAGGGGAGAAAAGCCUAAACUGAGAAGGAGGAGAAGCAUUUAGACAUUUUUCCAUGUUGUAGAGCAUAAAACGCUGUAGUGUAAAAACUACACUCUUCACUUGAAAUAGCCCCAGGAUUGUGUGCUCCCACCAACAGUUCUCUCCAGCAGAAUGACAGUGUAACUUAGGCUGGGAGAGAGAUUAUAAACUCUAUAUUGAACAUACUUGAAAGAACACAUUUUCCUGAAAGCAAAUAAACCACACAAGUAGGUCUGCAAUAUUUGAGUUUGAAUCACAGUUAUUUACAGGAGAAAUGAAAUAUCAGAUGUCUGGUCUCUCUCCCUCUCUGUGCAUCUCUGUCCUUUUUUUCUGGAAAGUGUAACUGUCAGUAGAGUGUCCUUGUGACAGCGGAGAAAUCAUGUUCACAAGAAGUGAAGUAUAGAAGACUUUCUAAAUGGAUCUCAGAUGGCGUUUCAGAGAAAUAAAAAAUAACAGACUCAGAUGUUUUUAGCUGCUUUUCUGGCUUAUAGAGAUAUUACAUUCCCUCAAAUAGAAAUAUUUUGGCUCACAUUGACCUCAACUUGAAGCUUUGGCCAACGUUAUUACAGGUCCUCCUCAAGUCCAAGUAGAUGUAGAUGUAUGUGCUAAAUUUGAGGUCUGAGGUAUUACCUUCACAAGAAUGAGACAGCCACAGUUUUACUAGACCAUUAUCAAGUCACAUUGAAGUCAUUUUUUUCACCUUUUGGUAAAAAAAAAACAAAAAAAACCCCAAAUCAUUCUUUCAUCCUGGAAGACAUUUGUGGUGAAUCGUGUCUCGCUAUACCACCUGAUUUCUUUCAGUUACAGCUUUUAGACACUAUCUCUUUUGAUCUCUGUUGAGUCCAGGAGGAAAUAUGCACAAAAUAUGAAUAUAUGAUCCUUAUGCUUUGUAUGAUGUCGCCUUCAAAGAAAGCAACAGAUGGAUAACCCAAAAAUAUAAUGCCUUCAGUCAGCCCAGGCACAGGGGAAUUGAAGUACUGACAGUUAACAAGCAACAAAAGGAAUCCUGUAAAAUAAUCACAUUACAACUCCACACAACCAAUUUGUAAAACAAGUUUUGUGUGAAAUAUUCAGACUGCAGACUGUAGAGUUACAAAAUGUAUUCUCACAUGCAAAUUUACCCUGAUAAUGUACGACUAAAAAUCUAUUUAUCUAGUAACAUUAUUCAUUUUUUUAUAGUGAUGUCCAAAGGUAUUUAGGGAAAUGCUUACUAUGGAGGAAAUAAGCAGAAGUAUGACGGAAACUGGGUCAGACAAAAAGGGUGAUUUAACGCCUGAGAGUGUUGGAACAUCCCAGGCUGGAGAUACAAAAUUGUACUUUUACGCUUUUUCAUCAGAAGAUCACAAAAUCAAAAGAUCCCUCGCCCGAAAACUGUAUUAACUGUACAAAUGAAGCGAGGCGGUUCUGAUAUGUAGUUGGCACCCUGUCCUCCAUGUGAGAGAAAAACGGGUCAGUUUUCUGAGAUGAAUUGUGUCCCUCAUCUCCUGCCCUCCCAGUGAUCUGAUGCGACUGGAUAGAAUUCAGAGAGAAGGGUAAUAUCAACAGAGACAGAGUGGAGCUGAUGUUUCUGAAUCACUGGGUCAGUGGGUCACAGACAUCACUGGACAUCCGCACAGCCAACAACUCACUGUGUUCCUCAGAGGAGUCGCCCCUGAUUGCCAAAUGCAGCUGUGAAAAACGUGAUUGGCUCAGCACAAACGCACAUGAACACACACACACACACACACACACACCCACAGUGCUGAUACAGGAGUGAGCCCCUCUGAGAGUUGCGCACAUAGUGCACAGACCCUCGGAUACACAGAGCAGGCACCAAGAGACUAAAGCUGUGUUUAAACUCCAUUACCAGUGCAGACUCGUUAAUUAAACCAAUGUUUUAAUUAGGAUUUGGACAGCCAGGAAAGAGGAGGGAUAAUGGUGUUCAAUUAUCUAACAGAGAGCAUGUAUUUCUCAUGACUCCCAUCUACAGUUUGUGUGUGAUCUGCCACUGACUCCUCAUCUUGUGUCACUGAAUGAAAUACAGGUGUCGUUAUCAUAAAGAGGAAGCUCAUUAUGGACUUUGGCGAUUGGACUCUGUGCUGCUAGUAGUUGAAACUCUAAGUUGUGUCUUAAGGUCAUGCAGGUGAUGGGGAGGUGGUAUGUUGCACACUGUGACACGGUUUAAGGUCUGAUUGGCUCUGUGAAUGAAGAUACAGAGAUGAUUAAUGUCAAGUGUCCUAAAAGGGAAUUUACCUCACAUAUAACCAGAAGAAAAUCUUGAGUUAUGGACUGAUGAGGGCUGCAGAAGAAAAUGUGUGUCACCAGUUUAAAGUUUUAUAUGAUGGGAAAAAGGCAACAAAAUGAAUUUAAUUUAUUAUGAGAAUUACUCCCAAGUAAGCAUUUAAUUUAAGUAUGUAAACUUAAGGUGAAAAGUUAUAUCCUGGUUUAAAUAUUGCAGAAAUUCUGACCACAAAUAGCAGAGAGAAUAUGGACUACUUGGAAUUUUACAACCAUAACUGCCUUUUUCAUAGAAUAGCCUUGAUAUAUGAGUUCAUAAGAAAGCUUCUAUUGCAGGAGUCUCCUUUGUUGUAUCAGUGUAAUUCUGUAAAAGUUCCUCAUAAAAAGGAGCAGCAUCAUAAAAAAACUGAAGAAUCUUUGUUACUGAACAUCUGCAGAGGCUCCAUGAACAUUUUUUGAUGUAUGUAACAAAAUUCUCGUUGGUAUUGAUUGAUAAUUUUAUUAAUUCAAAGACUAAAAUACAUCUCUUCUUCUCUCCUCUCUCUUCUCUUAGCGGCGGAUGGCGUGCCGGUACAGAAGGAUGGGGAGCAGGUAAGUCCUCAGUGAUGUCCUCUGGCUCACCCCUCUUGUUGACUUCCUCUGACCGUGGACUUCUGCUGCUCCAGCUGAGAAACCAACUUGGCUUCCGAUUUAAAAACAGGUUUCACUUGCAGCUUUGUGAUUAGCUACAGCAGCUCAGCCCACUAGCCCUGUUUAAUUCACAGCGCCGGCGCUUAAGCUAGAUUAAUAGCAGUAGUAGCACAUAUCGUGUCAAUGUCACUCGCUUUUCUUCCACUACUCUUCUCUACGCAAGAUGGGGUAGCGUAGCUGGAAGACUGAACAAUCGCUGGUUUAUUUGGCUCAUUGCUGAUGCUAUGACGUCUGUUGCCUGAUUAGAUGUCCGUCUGACAGAGUCACUGCUCAGUGCUGAUUCAAUGCCAAACAGCAGAGGCAUCACUCUCUCCUUUUUCUGACUUCUUAUACACCAUUACCACAUCCUUCUGUCCUAUUUCUCCUUUCCUCUCUUCUCAAGCUGCUUUACUGAUCCCCUUCUCUCACUGAUCCCUCUGAGACAGGACACAGGAGAAGUAGCCAUUUUGGACUAAAAUGUAGAGAACUCCACUUUUCACCAAAUGCACUGUGUACUGAUUUCAUCAUUUAUUUAUGCACCGUGCCCCAGAAUGCCCUUCGGUUCUGCAGAAAGUAAAAAGACAGCCACACACACACACACACACAUGGACACACACACUGAGACACACACACACACACAACAGCAAUGUCAGGGCUGUUGGCCACAACAUAUGAAAAGCUGCUUCAAAGGAAACCAACUUUACCACUCAAGUGUUUUAAAUCUCUCACCACGCCCACCCCACUCCUGUUGAGACAGAACAUGAAAGAGAGAGAGAGAGAGAGACAUGUGGAAAGAGUCAAAGAGCAAAGAAGUGGGACUGAGAGAGUAAAGAAUAGACCUACAAGAGAAAGAUGGAGUGAAGAAAGGAACAAAAGGAGGCUCAAAUUCAUCACCACAAACAAACCAGAUUCAAGCUGCAAGAACCUGACGGAGAGUCCCCUCCAAGUUUUCAAUAAUCUUUGUCUUUACAUUCAACAGCCAGUUGACCAAACAUGAGUUACAAGUUACAACUAUUGAAGUGCUGAUUCUUCAUUAACAUCGACAAAAGUUAUGUUAUUUUACACUUCUUUUUAAAAUAUGCUUGAUGCAUUUAUUUCACAGGUUUUAGUCAAGACACAGACUAUAUAACUGACUGUAGAUUUAACCAUACAACAGUAAAUGCUACAUAAAAAUAUAGAAGUACCGUAAUACUAAAUCUACAAGCACUAAGCAAAAAUCUAAUCAUUGACAGAAGCGUGUCCAUGUCUGUUACGGUAGUUUUUGAUAUAUAUAUAUCUUCCAGCUUGCUAGCAUCUCCCAGUUGAUUUAUCAUGUAUCAAAACAGUCAGCAAAACAUGUCAGCAAGAGGCUCAUGAGAUGUAUGAGGAGCCAUGAAAACACUGUCACUGUUACAGCUCUGUACAGUUUUUUUCUACGAUGGGAAGGUUUCGUCCUUCUUAUAGCCUUUUUUUUUUGUCAGUUGAGGUUUUGUUUAUGACCCGGCACUCUAGCAACACAUCCAUGCAAUUCAACUUCUGGCUCAAAGCCCUGAGUGCAAACAUCGGGGCAUGCUCAGAACAUUUAGAUGAAUUUCAGUACAGUAUCAGUCAAAAUGAAUAAAUCAGAUUUUUUAAUAACAUGUGAAGGUUCUGACUGUGACUUUCCUCCAAGACCCCCCCCCCCCCCAAAAAAAAAAAAAAAAAACUUUUCAUCUUACGUUUGAAACUUGGCUAUGGGUCAGUAUGGACAUUCAACACUGUAACGUUAUUUCUAUUUUUCGAUUUAUUUAUUUUUAAAAAUGGGAGCAGUACAUAUUGAUGAACAUUUACAUGUAAAUAUGUGGAAUUAUAGCCAGACGGCUAAUUUUCAUCCCCAGUCCCAUUGGCAGGUUAAACAUAAAAGUAAUAAUGUUAAAGUACAAACAACAUGACUAAGACAAUAAAACAAUGCACUGACAACAUACACAUAAUAUACACAGACCAAAAACUAAGUGACCGAUAGUGAGGGGACCAAAAAGAUUAAAGGAGAAUUGUAAAGUGCUAAUUAGAAUGUCAUGUGCUAAAGGUGUUUAAAGUGCCAUUUACUACAGUACAGCUUGUUAAAGUGACGAGUGCAUAAGUGCAAAAUUACAUUGAAGUGCACGAUGUGUGGUACAGUGCCAGAUUGAAUUGAAUUCCAUGAUGCCCAUAGCACACAAUUGCACUUGCAGAUGUGUGUCUAAAAUUGCACAUGGUUGGUAUACAUAAAUGUAUAUCCUUUAGUAACAAAUUUGCAUACAUGAAUGAGAAUAUGUACGCCAGAACAAAUUGAGAGUGGUACCCCAAAGCAAUAUAUAUGUUAAAGUACCGAUCAGUACAGUAGGUCUCCUUUUAUGGUAUUUAACAAAUAGGGUUUGUGUUAAGAAGAAUGACAUUUUUAUUUCUUUUACUUUUUCACAGCUGUGAGCUCGCUGUUUUCAUUCCCUUUGUUUGAGUGAUCUGAUCUGAUGCUCUCAGCGUGUUUUGUCCUAACAUCUAGUCAAUAUUAAGUAUCCUUAAUUCUUAAUACCUGAGUUGGAAUCCAAAAGUAUCAAAAUGGCCACCUCUUAAUGAUAGUCAGAGAAAAUGGAAAAUUCCUUCCUUUUUCAAUCGUUCAGCUUUACAGUUUCCACAGAUUGACAGGAGGGUGAAGGCUUUUAACUUAAGCCACUAACCCAUCAGUGCCUCAGGUCUAGUUAGUGUCAGACCGGCUGAUAGGCAGAAAUACUGUGGCAGAGGCUGCUCCUUAUCUGCCUUGUCCGCUGCAUCUGCUUUGACACACACAGGUAAAGACACACACUCCUCCUGUUAGUCUCAGUCCCCUGCAUCUGCCUCUACACACAAACACACAAAGAAACACACAGACACACUCACUCAAAGACAAACCAUCCUGCUGUAAGUCUCAGUCCCUUGUCUGUCUGCAGCAUCAGAUAGUGUUCGACACAGCACUGACAUCUCUGUCUCCCUCGCUCACACAUGAUUUUCUGCUAGCUUUCAGUGUUUUUGGCAGCACAUGGAACAAGAGAGGGGACUCAUUCAUCCGUAGCAUAUUCACUCUGCUAUACAUAACUAAGCAAAUAUACUGAUCCCUGUUUAAUUCCCUCCCCUCUCCCUGUCAUUCUGGUCCUUGACUCUUGCCUACCUCGUUCCUGGAAAAUCCUGUGUUUCUGUCUCUCAUUUUUUUUCUUUUUUUUGCUUGAUUCCUUUUUUUCUCCUCUGCAUGUUCGAUGUGUAAACUCCUCCUGUCCCUCCUCUAUUUGUCUUCCAACAUUUCCCCUCCCACGCAUGUCAAUGUUCUCUCUGUCCCGUCACUCUCUUACUCUUUCCCCAUCCCUCUCUCCUCCUAUUUCUCUUCCUCAGCAUGGACGUUCAGAAUUUUCAUGGGAAGGAAUCAAUGUAAGUGUUGUGAGACCAUUCCUUCAUCUACUACUUUUCCUCCUCUUUCUGUUUGUUUCUUUCACCUGUUUUGAUUUAACUCACCCUUUAGCGAUCAGCCCUUUUUCCCCGUAGAGACCCCCUCCCUCCCCCUCUCGGUUUUACAGAUGAUCUCUUUCGGUUUGUCGUAGUGAUGCACAGUAGUGAACACAAUCAGAGUCACAAAAUAAAAAAGGACAUCAUAGCUGGAAUUUUGGGUGAUGCAGAUUGGAUCUUUUGUAUUAACCCGACAUCUCCAUCACCUCUCCUCUCCACUCACCUCUCUCUAACACACACCGUCCUGAUGUCUUUGUGUGCCCUGUCACACUUCCCAUACUAUCCUUUUCUCCACGCUUUUUCCCCUCCACCAUUCCUCUCCCUUCUUCCCCUCCAGCUGUCUAUGGAAGACACCACAUCAAUCCUGCCACGGCUCAAGAGGAACUCAAACGCCUAUGGCAUCGGGGCUUUGGCUAAGUCCUCUCUGUCAGGUGUGUCAGGUGUGUGUCUGUGAUGUAACUGGUAAAUUGACCCCAUGUUGGCUCCGCCCCUCUGCGGGUGCGCGAGUCAGCAUGGUACCCGAAUCGGGUUCCCCUGAAUCACUUCCUCUUCACGCUGUGAUAACACUCGUCAAUGGCUCCCUGUGAGUCAUUGACGGACUGAAUUCAGCCUAAAAACACAACAUACACAUAGUGCACAGUCAUACAGCUGAGAAAAGGUGAGUGAUGAGUGGGAAGUGUAGUUCUUUUUAUGUAAAGUGGUUGUGAAGUUGUGAUGUCCUGAUCGAGCAUUAGUAUGGAUGUUUGUGUCAACCAGAGUUCAGUGCAGUGUAGUGAAGUGCAGUGGUUUCUGGUUUAAUCCUGUGCAGUGCAGUUGAUUUGAGUGCAGUGAAUUGUAUUCAGUACAGUGAAGUGUAGUGCAGCAGCUGCGUCGUGUGGUGUGGUACAGAUUUGUCGUAUAAUUUAUUCCCAUAACUUAUUCAUUAACUUCAUCAUCCAUGCACCACCAUCAGAGAGACUCAAACAUCCAGGGACUUACAGUUUGUGUCAUCAUGCGUUGGUCACAUUAAAUAUUAUGCAGAAAUCAGCUGGUGUUAGCCUGGUAGCAGGAAUUAAAAUUCAGCGUUAAAAAAAUGUAUGUUAUGCAGUGUUUGCAUGAAUCAACGUUCUCAGACAGGCAGAGGAGAGAAAAAGAGCAAUUUUCUGCUAACAUAGCACAGCACAGCAGAGGUGUGAAAGCUAUCAUGUCAACAAGCUAACCUCUCGUUACUCAUGCCACACAGCCACCUCACCCCAAUUAACCUAUUCCAUCCCAUGAUGCACCUUUGUCAGACAAGACACAUCCAUCCACUACUCUCCUCCCUGCAGCUUAAGCAGGCGAUGCCUUAGACUCAUUAAACACACAAACGACACCUUCACAACCCUUGUCAUUUAGCUUUUGUCAUAAUUCAUGUUCAUGAGGAGACACAUUAAACAGUCGGCAUCUGAGCUGUAGGGUUUGACUGAUAACAUUGUGGUACACUGGUUUGUCUUUGUUGGAUCAAAAGUUAAUAUUUGAUGAUAAUAUGUCACAUUUUUUAAAAUGCUUUCAUUUCUAUGUCCCAAACAUUGAUAAUUUAGUUCUUUUGAUCAAAACCUUGUCGGACACAAGUUUUUAUAAAAACUCUUUACAGUCACAGUCAAACAUCAUUUAUUUCUAGUAUAUUCUGUUUACUUACACCACAGCAGAACAGCCAUAGCUGUAGCAGAGAUGUAAUUCUUCUACAUUAUAUACAUUACCUUUUAGGGGAACAAAACUUACUGUUGAAUUUGAUCCUUCCAGUUGGCACACCAGUUUAUCAGUCUUACCCUACUGGAUCAAUCAUCAAACCAACCAAACAGCAAUAGACAUUUGAUGAUAACUUGAUUUCUUUCUGUCUCUCUUCUGUCUCUGUAUUUCCUUCCACCUUCUUUCAAAUUCUCUGAUCAUGACUUCGUCUCGCACCUUCACUCCAUCUCCAUCACCUUGACCUCUCGCAGGUGUGACCCGCACCAUGAAGGAGCGGGUUACCAAGCCCACAGCGAUGGCCCAGGGGCGUGUUGCUCACAUGAUUGAGUGGCAGAACUGGGGCAUGUCGACAGUGGGUGCGGGGGGCCUCCCCCAGUCCCGCAUCACCACCCAGGAGCGAGAAAAGGAGCGACGGCUGGAGAACGACGCCUACAGUGACCUCAGUGACGGAGAGAAGGAGGCCCGUUUUGCUGCAGGUUUGAAAUGUGCACACACACACACACAUGCUCGUGCCACAACCAUUAGCAGAAUUCUGUGCCCUUGCUCUCCCACAGUGAUACACAGUGAUCCCUGUUUGUCGUUUAAUCUCUGACCCCAGGAAUCUUGCAACAGUUUGCAAUCUCAGAGGCAACACUCCUCGCCUGGUCAUCGAUGGAUGGAGAGAGUCCACGAUCAGGCUCAAACCAGGGCAGUGUGGCUCAUCUGAGCGAGGUUAACCAAGAGAGCAUCACCAGUAGAGGUAAAGGAUUAAAAAGAAUUGCAAAUAUUGCAGGAGCUUUUAGAGUCGUGAAACUUGUUUCUAUUUUAUGUUGUACUGUUUAUCUUUAUGUAAACCAUGCCUUCAUAAUUUUAUUAUUUUUUAAAUCCCAUGAUCCUGACUGAGAUAAGUGUUACAGGAAAAGGAUGAAUACAUUGUCAAUGGAUUGACAGAAGAGAAAACAUUGAAAAUAUUUGUAUUUGUGGUGUCGUUAAGUAGAUAAAAUGGACAAAUAUAAGUACAAAAACUUUCAAAAUAGUUUCAGUAACACUUUACUUGAUGCCUAUCUCCAAAACGCAUCAUUAAUAUAUGUAUAGUUAUAGUCACGUUAUAGCACUGUAUAACUAUAGUUAUAAACACUCAUAAAUGAUCAUAAUGCUUAAUAGAAAUAAUCACAACACAUUAUAAAGCAUUUUAACACGACUUACAAGGUCAGGUAUUAUAAUGUGUUAUUGUUAUAGAGCCUUAUGAUAAUUAAUGAGUGUUUAUAAUGAUAGCUAUACAAGUUUAUAAGCAAAUUAAAACACAUCAUAAAUAUAUGUAUAAUGCAUUAUCUAUGUGGACAUUGUCAGUGAGUUGUUAACAGUUAUAACACAUUAUAAUAUCUGACCUUGUAAGUUGUGAUAAAAUACUAUAUAAUGUGUUUUGAUUAUUGCUAUAAUGCAUUAUGAUCAUUUAUGACAAUUUUAUUUAUACAGCGCUAUAACGUGAUUAUAACACAUUAUACAUAUAUUUAUAAUUUGUUGUAGAGAUAUGCGUCAAGUAAAGUGAUACCAUAGUUUCAAUUGUAAUUCUUGAGCAAAUGUGUAUCUUGACUUUCCAACACUGGAAUACUGUAUAUAAAAGAUACAAAAAGGAUUGUAUUGCCCUGUAUUUUCAACAUGGUAAAGCUUAGUGGUGGUGUAUAUAGGCAGGCAGCAUUAGAACAGCUGCGUUGAAUGUUUGUGUAGGUGUAGAUGAGCAGCUUGCAGUAUAGCAUGUGUCAUGCUGCUCAGUAAUGAGAACAUACUGUUCCGUCUCCUCUUCCCGGGCUGAGGGGUUUUCUUAUCAUUAAUUUCACAUUUUCUUACAUGGACUGUUGGAAGGUUGACCGUUGCCUUUAGACAAUUCAUUCCCCAGGACUGGCCUCCUUGUGUCGAGUCUCCAUCAUCAUCACGUAGUAGAAGAACAUGAAGAACAUGAAAACAUUUCAUUUGUAGUUAUAAGUUAAAUUUCUGUGAGGAUAUGACAUGAUCUUCAAGCAUUUGCUUCAAUUUAUCUCAUAAUUUUUAUAGAGCAGUUAAAAAAUGUUAUGAAAUGUUUCCUCCGGGGUCCAAUUUAUACUCUUGGAUAAAUAACUCUAAAUCAAAGCUGUGACUGCGCUGAGCAGUUUAAAAAGAUGAUCCAUCAGUUUGUCAAACAACCUAAGUUCAAACUGGUCCCAGUGCCUCUGAGAUGUUUUUGAUACAUCAUCUCUAUUUCUUGCACUGAUGAUGACGAGGAUUAUAAUAUUUUGGUUUCAAGAUGAUGAUUAUUUUAGAGCUGAUGCCAUAAACAAAACAAACAAAAAGUCGUAUUCAAAGUUGACCUCUGACCUCUGAACUCUGUGCAUUGCCAUUAGUGUUGUAUGUCAGCACCUGUGUCUUACGUUGUCCCCUCCUGUCUCGAUCUUUGCAUGUGUCGUCUGUACCUUCAGGUGUACACUGCUUUAGACAGAAAAAUGAAACUGUUCCAUUGUAACUUCGUAUCCGUCAUCGCAGUCAUAAGCCAGUCUGUGGUCUAUUUUCUGCUGACAUUUUUAUUUUUGUUUUUAACUUACUUUCAAUAAAAGCUGCUUUUUCUGUUCAGCAUGCCAGUUCAAAGACAAAAUCAAAUCUCAGAGGUUUUUGCUGUUACCUCUUAAUAAAAACAUUAAAAGGAGUUUAAUUCACUCCUAAAACCUAGCAACCUAACAUUAUCAAAGACUUGACUGUAGGUUGGUCACCAGAUGCUAAAAUAAAUAUUUUGAUUGUUUGCAAAACCCACAAUGAUGUCUUUGAAUUUUGGAUCUUAAAAAAUUCAAUUAAUCUUGAAACAUCUCUUUAAAUAUUUUGAUCCCUUCAUUAUGAUUUUGAGCUAUAUGAUUUUUUUUUAAAAAAGUCAUUAAAAAUCUUUGUAUGCUGCUUAACCUCAAUCCAGCUCCUCUCCUGUUACAAUAAAUUCCUCAAGUCUGCAGAACAAUAAUAACUCGCUUUCUUUCCCAUGUUUUCCAGAUCAGAUAUUGCACCACUCCUCAGCAGAGGUGUGGCCUCACACAUACGUCUCCCAGGGACACUACUGCCUCUCCUCCUCUGAUGCCUGGGAGCCGAUCAACAAUGAUCCCUCUGGUGUGGCGUCUCCCCCUACUGGCUCCUAUGUUAUGGGGACUGAAGGGUAUGACGGACAGGCGGCGGCUCACUUCCUGUCGCAGCAACAGCAACAGCAGUUCACUCUCCAGCAGCAGAACCAACUCCAACAGCUGCAGCAGAUCCAACAGAUCCAGCACUACCAGCAACAGCAGCUCCUGCAGUAUCAGCAACAACAACAGGCGAGUGUGGAUGAGUCACUCUGGUGAACGAGACGUGACGAAGUUCCUCUAAGAUUAUGGGUCAAACUAAAAUCUGAUAGUGGCUCCUGAACAGCCCCUAAGAAUGAAAUAGGAUUUGGAGUCAGCGCUAAAACUUCUGUGACCCAAAUGUUCAUCUCACAACACAUGAUCCCCUUUGUUUGAAAUAAUUGAGGGUUAUUUUAACUUAUUCAAACUCACUGCAUACAUGUUAAAACAGUUACUCACCUAAAAACGAGGUUUUCAAUCGCAGGAAUAUCAAAAAUGAACCUUAAGUCAAGGUUUUUGUUUGUUUCUGCUUCUCCUUUCCUACUAUAACAGCAAUAUUAAUUUCAUACCUAAUAGUAAUUUCAACCUGCCAGUCCUUUUAAAUAAUUUCAUACAAAGGAACUUUAGGGUAAAUUCAGCCUCAUUAUUUCAUUGCUUAAAAGAAAAAGUAAUUGGGUAAUGAUUAUAGCAGGCAUUGCUAAGUUUCUUAUUUUACGGUUGGUGUACAAAUCGACUUAACACUCAGAAUUUGUCUGCAUGUCAGCCAACUGUUUAACACCUGCAGCUUAGAGAUUAACUCAGUACAGCUCCAUAACCCCUUAACUAAGGAUUUGUUCAGGAGACAUAAACAAAGACUGUUGUGUUUUUGCUCCAGAUGAGAUAAAUCUCAUACAUUCAUCAAAAUACAAAGAUGGGCUCCUCCCCAGCACAGAUGAAAACAUUAUUGAUCAGGGGCACAGUCAGAAAAUGGGUUUUCUGUUGUCCUCCUAAUCCUUGUUUCUUGGCUGCCAACACGGGGCUCUGUGUACUUUGUCAAACUGCUUGACACUGUGUCACCUCUGACAUAAAACAAGCUCCAAAUCCCAGCUCAGUUUCUAACGCGUCCUCUUCACCCUGUUUACAGUCACUGGAGCACCGGCUGCACAGUGCCAACCACUCUUUGCAAGCAACGCCCAACAGCACCGUUCACAGUCUGGUACAUUCCGUUCACCCACCAUUGGUGGAUCUGUGGAACACUGGGCAGAUGGAGGCCUAUCAGGCAGAGGCUGGAGGCUUCGUGGGUGUGUCAGCGGUGGUGGAGCCAAGCCUCUGUGUUCCCUCCGGAGAGGAGACGGUGGGAACAGAACACUCCCCGCUGCUGGAGCAGCAUGAAGAGGAGGAGGAGGAGGUCAAGGUGAGGUGAAGGCAGGGUGAGAUUACAUAAAUUUACAUCUUCACUGGUUAAUUUUUGAUAUGUGAGCUGCUGAACAAGCACUGUGAGAGACUGUGAGGGUGCUUUUAGUCUUUUAACUACGAGUAAUGUGUCUUUUACUGUCAAAAUGUUUGAUUUGAGUCCAUAAAUUCUGAAGACUCGUCAAUCAUCUAAUCAUCUCAGUUUUUGUUAAUGUUCUUCUUGUGGAGGGAGCUUUAGUGAGUUUGGUCGUCCAUCCACAGCUCCAGUAUUUCUAAAGACUGAUAAAGUUGUUGAUCAAGCAGAAGGAACAAAGAUUUACUGUUUUUAGCUUCUCAAGAUGAAUUGUCUCCCUUUUCUGCUACAUAGCUCUGGAAUUUGCAUAUCUUUGUGUUGCUGGUCAAACAAAAUACAAAAACACACUGUGACAUAAAAAGGCUUUCAAUAGUUGAUCCUUAUAGUGUGUAUUCUGCAUGAGAGAUGACAUAUUGACCUGUUAACCCGUUCAAGUUAUUUUAAGUAUUUAACUCAGUCUUCAACUUGUUGUUAAAAUAGUUUGAUCACAGACAUGCUAAGAGUUUUAGUUUCAGUCAGAGAUAUUACCGCUCAACAGAGUCUUCCCAUAACUUAGUUUACUGAAUGUUUCUCUACAUCUGUCCCGCUCAGGAGGAGGAUGUGGCACUGUGCAUGGAGCCCGAGUCGGCCAUGUUGACUCCGCCCACGCAACAGGGAGAUGCCUCAGGUGGAAGUAGUCCAGGGCAACCACCGCCAGAGGUAAUCACGGAGCGAAAGGCCUCCGAUGUCAGCUCUGGCCUCGUUCAAGCAUUAGAAGAGAGGGACGAGGAGGGACCCGCCGCUUCCAUGGCAACCAACUGAGCUACUGGAUGUCGAGGGACUUUUAUAACAAACUGACUGAGGAGUCAGCGAGGAAUGAGCGUAAUAAUACAAUAUAUAUCUAUUAAUCUGUUCCCUUUUCAGGUAUCAAAACACGACUUUUUUGGUUGGAAGCGAGUUCUUCAAACUGGUGAGAGACUAAUUUAAAGGUGGAUUCACAAAGAGACAAGAUGAUGCAACAAAGGACACCAUUUCUUUGUAAGCCUUACAUCCCAAAGGUAACUGAGGAGAGGAGUCAGGAAGAAGAGACUGAAAAGGAGGAGGUGGAGGAGCACCCACUGAUGGAGACAUUUCCAUUAGUGAAGUGAAAACACAUUUAGAGGCAGAAGAGGGGAAUGGAAACAUGCAUGCUUUUAAUGGAGACAAGCAAGUGGACCCUGUCAUCGUCUCAUAAUAAAGAUUAUGAAAAUCUACCAUAAGAAAACAUUAUAAUAAGAGUAAUUUUGUAAGAAAGCAAAAAAAAAGCGAAAAAAGAAUAAGACAAAAAUCUAUGUAUAAGUGUACAAUAAGAUAUAACGUUUUCCUGUUGGAGAACUUCUCUGUUUACAGCUGUUACUCAACAUAUUAGUGUUUAAUCAAAUUUAUUUCCCUGUUGCAUCAAACUCACUCUGUAUACUUAAAAAAAUGCUAACCCAAACAAUUCCACAUGUAAUUAAAGUAGGCUCAGAAAAUGUCAGCAUUUCAGUGAAAUGCAGAUUAACCCUCGAAAAUAAAUUGAUGUUGUGGCACCUGAAUGCCAGAGGCACAACCCAGGGACAGGCCUGUCCUGCUGACUGCACACACUGAACCCUGCACAGAUAAGGAUUGUACUGUAAGAUAGUGUGCUUCCUACUCUGUCUCUCUGUAUGCAUGUUUCUUCAGAGUACUAUGGAGUACCUGUACUAUACAGCACUGUAUAGACUUUGCACUGAACCAUAGUAUCCCAGGUGGGGCCACGGCAGGCCUGCGACGGGAAAUAAAGACAGAGCUGCAUAAGCGAAUUUCUUUUGCACUGAUGCAAUCCUGCAGAUCAGAGGUUGCCUUCGGACGGUCAAUGUUACCCAGUCUCCACUCUGAAAGCUUUCAGCACCUCUGACAACCAAAACCGAGCCACUUAACAACACGAAACCCUCAGCUGCUUGUUUAUUUCCACAGACGUCGUCAUGAUAAAUUGAGGAUGAUAACCACUAUCUGAAUGUACUGGAUGACAGACAGCAGAACAUGAGCGUUUGUUUUUGAUGUCUCCUCACAGUCCACAUGGGACAGAAUCAAACAAGUCUUUCAGACUUGGGGGAGGGGGGCACAAAUGGUUUUACUGCUUGCUCACUACUACACACACACACACACAUACAUACAUAACAGACACACACACGUGAAUAUCUAAAUUGUAACCAGCAAUAGGCAGACAAAACACUGGUUCCCCAACAGACCAGUGUGAGCUCUGUCACAUAGAUGUAAAUAGUCUGAGUAUAUAAAAAUCGCCUCUCACGUACAGUCACAACUGUUCUAGUGCAGUAUGAUUUCUUUAUUUUUGUACACCUCUCAGUCCCACUUUAUUUUGGGAUUGUUCUCAAGCUUUUUGGCCUAUAUUUUUCUCUCAUGUGAACCACCACUUGAAGAUAAAUGAAACGGAGGAAUGUUUGUGUUGUAAACAGAGCGAUUAUAAACCAAGUGAGUCCAUCAGUGGGGACGCAAAAAAAAGACAAAAAAAAAAAAAGAGUUGUUGGUUUGAGUUCAUGGGGAUGGGGUGGGAGGGGAUUACAGCCUGCGUGCCGCUCAAUCAGCCAAUCAGGGAACAGAACAGAAGACUUGGACUGAACACUGGAGCCGAACAGAUCGGUGUCUUCCUGCUUGUCGUGAUUACUGUGAAGCAGCUGCCUAGAGUGUGAUAGUGAUUCUAAUGAUGUUUGAGGAAGCAUGUUUUCUUUUUUCCUUUUUUUUUUCCUCUCCUUUUGCCGGAGGAGCUACGAGUGUUUUCCAGUGAGGAGAGGAAGGAGCUGAAAAAGAAACAGUUUUAAAUCGUGGACUGGACUGUGUGCAUGACUCACUGGCGAACGUUACAACAACACAAAAAAAACACUGUUUCCAUCUUUUCUCUGUCGGGGAGCACCUUCUCCUCUCACUUCAAUGAUUGUGUGAGAAACUUUCAAGAUAAAAAAACUAAACUAAACGGUUGAUUGACUUGAAUGACCUUUAUUUAUUGAUUGCUUCUUUAUGCAAUGUUUGGGACAAUGUUUAUUUUUCUACUGACUUGUUGAAUUCCCCUCCAGUAUGAGUUAGAAUAGGUGCCAUGGUUGUAAAGCAGUCUUGUGGCGGUCCAGUUUUGAGCACUUCACAGCAAGAAAAACAGAACCCUGAACACUUUUAGAGAUUAGAGAUGGAAGUUUGGCAGCUUUUAAUUACAAUAUAUUAGUUUAACUUUCAAAAUCCCUGUUUACGAAUAAGACGAGAAGGCUCAAAACUGCAAACAAAAUGUCUUUACAAAAUGGCACAUAUUCAUUUAUUUAUUGAACAAUUACUAGAUGGGGAGGAAUAGUGUGAAAGCUUGUACAGAAUCUAUAAUUUCAUGUAGGUCUAAACCUUUCUGGGAGCAGUAUCUGUGUCCUCAUGAGUCGAAUGAUACGGUGAAAGUCUGCAUCGUAAUAUUUGGAGAGCAAAGUGGCUAAAACAAGAAUAUGGACUUGAUAAAAGACACUGCUUCGAUUUGGGUUUCUUUUUUUUUUUUUGGUUGAUCAGAAAUUCAAUGAAUGAAUAAACUAAUAAUGAGAAGCCAAAUAUAUUCCUGUGGAUGUUAAGGUUUACUGGUCACACUGGUUAACAGAUGAGUUCUCCUUUAUGUAUUAGUCUACUGCCAUCUUCCAAGAGUUACGGUAAAUUGUCUGCAGGCAUGAUGCUCAACCUGCUUCUGGUUCUCUGCCUUUCUCCCUCUCUCUCUCAAUCUCUCUUUCUCUCUCUCUCUCUCUUUCUAUCACUUUGUAUCUGUUCUGUAUAUUUGUGUCUGUCUGUUUGUCCGUCUGUCAGUGUAGAGUUAGUUGUCUGCUGUCUUUUUGGAAGAAUCACUGCCUGAAAAAAAAAAAAAAAAAAACACCUUUUCACAUCAACCAAAGGGGAUUUGAGGCAAUCAGACAUGUAACAUAGAUAUAAUUUGGUAAUGUGUUGCAAAAAAAAGUAACUGCUGUAAAAUUAAUGCUGUGAAAAAAAUUGGAUGGCUUCUGUAAAAGUCUGUAUUAAUUGGUUUAAAACUGGGUAGUGUGACUGGUGACACCAGUGUACACUCGUGACACUCACACCUAUGCAUGCUGGUCGGACAGUUGUCACAGGAUGGUUCUUCCACGUGGUCUCCUCUUCCUCCUCCUCCUCCUCCUCCUCCUCCUGCUCAAAUCUUCUCUCUUUUUCUUCCUGUUUCUCUUCCUUUCCCCUCUUUUUCCUGCACGCCUCCGACACCUCCUCCUGCUCCUUUACCUGUCUCCUCUUCUUUUCCUCCGAUGGAGAAAGAGCAAAUAAACAAACCAACAAAUGGCAUUAACUGUGCAGAUGUGUGG